AUGCUGAAAGCAAUUUGCAUAUUUUUUCUAUUCAAUUAUGGCGUGAGGGUACGGUCAGAUAUUUUCACAGCUGUAGCUGAAUUCGAAAACGUACUUGAAGCUCAUAAGACGAUUAAAGAUUACUUAGACACAUAUAUCAAAAGGCAUGAAAAAAGAAUUGCUAUCUUAAAAAGUUAUUUGAAUGUGUUUAAUAGAGAACAUGAAAAAGCAAUGGAAAAUAUUCCCAAGUACUUGGAGAACCCUGUUAACAUUUUCACCCUUAUUAAACGACUAACUAUUGAUUUAGAUUUUAUCAAAUAUAGCAUCGUAGACGAAACUGCCUACAUAGAAGAUAUAACAAAUAAGCAAUAUGCUAACAAAUACCCUACGAUGGAGGAUGUAGCAGGUGCUGCAGAGGCACUUGUAAGAUUGCAAUAUGUCUACAAUAUGGAAGCCAAAGAGCUUGCAAAAGGAAAACUGUACGAUAUUGAUUACAGUACGUCAAUGACAGCGUGUGACUGCUACGAACUUGGCCGAGUCUUGUAUGAUAAGAAAAUUUACGUCUACGGACUUGAAUGGAUGCUUGAAGCUUUUCGCAAGUAUAACGUUGAAGGAAUACAUUACGCAUUCACCGAUAUAGAUAUAUUAGGGCAUAUUAGCUUCGGGUAUUUAAAAACAGGCGAUAUGGAAAGUGCCUUAUAUUGGAUACAGAAAUUAUAUGACAUAGAUCCAUAUAAUUCUAGGGCUAGGCAAAUAGAGCAGCAGUGUCGAAAUAAUAUGAGAGAUUCAAGAUAUAACAUAUGGCAAUCUAAGAUGCAAGAGGAAAAGGAGCUUCGUCGACUACUGAAGGACCCUCAUGAGUUUGCGGUUAAUCCGCUGUGUCGCGGAGAUUCAGGAUUGCCUAUGGAAAUAUCUAGCAGAUUAACUUGCCGUUAUCAGACUGAACAUCAUCCCUUUACGAAGUUAGCCCCUAUAAAGACAGAGAUGCUUUACCUUAAUCCCGACAUAAUUUUGUUCCAUGACAUGUUAAGUGACAGUGAAAUUGAUACUGUCGUGGAAAUGGCUAAGAUGAGGCUCUUUCGGUCCGAAAUUCAUAUAUCUGCAAACGAGGAGGCCAGCGUAAAACAACGUAUCAGCAAAUCGGCAUGGAUUUAUGACGAGGAAUCAGAUGUUGUCGCCCGCAUCUCACGCCGAGUUACACACAUGACGGGAUUGAGUUUAGACUCCUCGAAAGCUUUGCAAGUUGCCAACUACGGUAUUGCAGGAUACUACAAUUUGCAUCAUGAUUUCUUUGAACAUAUGCCUUCAAAAGACCGAGGUAACAGAAUAGCUACUGUGCUGUUUUACAUGUCAAAUGUAACUCAAGGAGGCGCUACAGUAUUCCCUAAGCUUGGUGUAAGCAAGUUCCCUGUGAAGGGCCACGCACUUUACUGGCUCAAUUUACACCCGUCAGGAGAGCGCAACCACUGCAUGUUGCACGCUGCAUGUCCUGUACUGACCGGCUCCAAAUGGGUGGCUACUAGAUGGAUCCACGAAGUGGGUCAAGAGUUCAUAAAACCCUGCAAUCUAGAAUACCAAGAAGAAGGAUGUCUGGGCAAGCACCCAGGCCCCAUAUUAAAGACACCCAGAAAGAAGAAGCUUUGUUGA